AUGGAGAAGUCCGACAUUCUAUUUUCUCUCCUUGUUUUUGUUCUGUUCUUGUUUCCAACGUUUGACGGAGGAUUAAUGGUGAAAGCUGUAAGAACUGAAGACGGAUCAGAGGCUUGGGGAUACGUUGAAGUUAGACCCAAAGCCCACAUGUUUUGGUGGUAUUACAAAAGUCCAUACAGGACCCAAGAUCCAAGACAGCCAUGGCCCAUCAUUCUCUGGCUACAGGGUGGACCUGGUGCAUCUGGAGUUGGGAUUGGUAAUUUUGAGGAAAUUGGGCCAUUAGACACUUAUUUGAAGCCCAGAAACACAACAUGGCUUAACAAAGCAGAUCUAUUGUUUGUGGAUAAUCCAGUUGGGACAGGAUAUAGUUUUGUGGAGGAUACAAAUUUAAUGGUGAAAAGUGAUGAAGAGGCUGCAGCUGAUUUAACCACACUUUUGAUUGAAGUUUUUAACAGAAAUGGAAGUUUGCAAGAAAGCCCUCUUUAUAUAGUGGCAGAGUCUUAUGGAGGGAAAUAUGCUGUCACUCUUGGAUUAUCAGCUCUUAAAGCAAUAGAGGCUAGACAAUUAAAAUUGAAGCUUGGAGGCAUUGCAUUAGGGGACACCUGGAUAUCACCAGAAGAUUUUGUGCUUUCAUGGGGUCCUCUAUUGAAAGAUGUCUCUAGGCUGGACAAUAAUGGACUGGUUAAGUCUAACAGUUUAGCCAACCAAAUAAAGCAACAACUUGAGGCUGGCAAUUUUUCUGAAGCAACCAAUACAUGGAGUGAUCUUGAGGAAGUUAUCAGCUCCAAUAGCAAUUCUGUGGAUUUCUACAAUUUCUUGUUGGAUUCAGACAUGGACCCUGUCUCUGUGUCGGUAACAACAGAAAUAUCGCCGAAAAUCGCGAUUAAACGAUACUCGAGAUAUUUGAAUUCUUUGAGAUCCACUCCAGGUGGUGAUGGAGAUUUAGACAGCCUAAUGAAUGGCCCCAUCAAGAAGAAACUUAAGAUCAUACCACAAAAUGUUGAGUGGGAUGGGUUAAAAACGUUUUUGGGCCUGAACAGAAGGCCCAUUUACUGUGGGAAAGAAAAAGUAACCAAAGGGUUUGUUAAAUCGUAUCGAAACUUGCAUUUCUACUGGAUUCUUGGAGCUGGUCACUUCGUGCCCGUUGAUCAACCGUGUGUUGCACUGAGCAUGAUAAGCGACAUCACACAAUCUCCUAAUCCUUCAAAUUAG